AUGGUCCCAGGGAUUGUUUUAAAACACCCAUGGGUGAUAGAAUGUCAUUCCCUAGGAUUAUUUUUGUCAGUCUGGCAUUCCGUCAAUCUGGUCCUUAGCCUUGAUGUGGAUGUGGCGGUAGGACUGAUCUUGAAGUAUUGGUGGUCGGGCGAGAGUUGUUUCGAGGUUGCCAUUUGUUACCAUUAUUGUUGGGAAUGGAGUUGGGAAAGGAAUACCUGUGAGAAGGUCAUCAAUCAAGUCAGCAUCCGGGGUGGUUGGAGGGUAGACAUAGCGCUGGAGAGUAUUCAAAGAUUGCAGAUACUUUCUCGAUCCAUUGAUCCACAUCCUCAUUAUCUCUACCACCAAACUUUGCACAGAGUUCAGUUACUUCUUGUUGUGCAGCCUCCUGAUCUUGCUGAGUGGUGGCAAGUACAUCCUGAAGAUGUGCUUCAAGCUCUUGUUCCCUAUACGGCGAAGUUAGACGGAGUUAGGCUAAGUAGGGACAAUGGGAGCAGAAGUGCGGCGAUGUUAGGCGGAGUUAGGCUAAGUAGGGACAAUGGGAGCAGAAGUGCGGCGAUGUUAGGCGGAGUUAGGCUAAGUAGGGACAAUGGGAGCAGAAGUGCGGCGAUGUUAGGCGGAGUUAGGCUAAGUAGGGACAAUGGGAGCAGAAGUGCGGCGAUGUUAGGCGGAGUUAGGCUAAGUAGGGACAAUGGGAGCAGAAGUGCGGCGAUGUUAGGCGGAGUUAGUCGAAGGAGGAAGAGGAUGGCCGAGGGCUCGGGGAAGUUGGACGAACCGAGGUUCGUCGACCGUCGGUCUAUUAGGAAGAAGUUGCUCGACGGCCGUGACAGUAUCAAGGAUCGCUCUUACCGACGACCCGUGCGAACCUCGGAGAAGUACAAAGAUAAUAUGGAACCAGAAAGAAGAAUUACACGAGGGAUGAGUAGGGAUGGAGACAGGAUGGAGGAGAACGAGAGGAGAGCAUUGGAGGAGCUUAGCAGAGCAAUGGGGCAGGACCUUGGAGUGGAGGAUAGUGUGGGGGGAUCAAUUCAAGGAGAUGAGUUCGUUCCACCGGUGCCUUCUAACCCUCCUUCUCCUCCGUCUAAUGCUCUCCCACCUGCGGGAUCCCCACUUGGAUCAGACCAAACCCCACGCCCAAGAGAAAACACUGGAAGUACGGCGAACUUGGGAGAAGAAGGAACACAAGGGGUGGUGUUGGCCUUGAUGCAGAUGGUGGCGAAUAUGAACAAAGACAUGAUGGAGGAGAGAAGGCGUAGGGAGGAAUGGGAACAGAGAAGAGAAAGGGAUACAAGGACGGAGAAGAAAGAAGAGAAGAAAUGGGAAAAGGGGCAACCUUUGGCGCAGGGUGGUGUCCAGGCGGCUAUGAUGUCGACGGUGGUAAAGAGUACACCGCCAAACAUCGACGAAGUUCGCCGAAGAUGGCCUAGGCCGAGCUCCGAUCUGAGGGAGACAAGGAGGAAGGAGGGGAAGUGUACCGAGUGUGGUGAAGCAGGACAUUGGCUGAAGGAAUGCCCUGUAAGGGAGGCUAAGGUUAAGGUUGGACUGUUGCCUCCAUGGGGGGAGAAGUUCGGAGAACGUGGUGGAGGAUCGGGAGGGAACGCAGUACCUCUCGGACAGAGGAGGAACUUGAAUGCGGUUGGAGGAGAAGUAGAUUUGGAAGAGGACCAGGGAAAAGAAGAGGACCUGUCGCAGUAG